AUGGACGACGAUUUAAUCGAUUUGAAUAUCGAUUUAAAUCGCGCAAUAGAAGAAAAAUUGUAUAAUUAUGACGAAAAUUUAGAGAAUCAUAGAGAAGUAUUUGACGUUGAAGAUGAAGAUGAAGGCACAUCUCAGCAAGUUAUGGUUGCAAAUCAAUGUAUUGAAGAAGGUUUAAUAAUACAUUCAAUUGAUACAAACCACAACAUCUUUGAAAAUCCAAAUGAUGAGCAGGAAGAAAACAUUGAUAAAGAAUUAGAUGGCAGUUUAAUUGGAGAAGCAAGGAAAACAACCGAUGAGAUUUAUGAUCUAUAUUGCAAACAUGCUGCUAUUAUUGGUUUUAGUGUACGAAAAGGGAAGAAUAGAUAUAAAGAAGGAACUACAAUUGUUAAUGGAAAAUACUUCUACUGUUCUGCUGCUGGAAUAAGAGACCCUCCUAAAAACAAAGAACUCAAAAAUGAAGAUGAUCAAUCAGAUCAUGUAGUGGUACAUAAUCACCCAUUGACAAGAGAAAUAAGAAUUUAUCUCCACCGAUCGGAACGACAAAUGACAGAACCUAAAAAAGAAGCUAUUGAGGCAAAGUCAGAAUGUGGUCUAAGACCAAUGGAGUCUUAUAGGUAUAUGUCAACAGAAAAUGGCGGAGACGACUGUGUUGGUCAUACGAUGAUUGAUCAUCUAAACUACUGCUACAAGUUAAAAAUUAAGCAAAUUGAUAGCAAGGAUUCACAAACACUAGUGAACAAACUGUAUGACAUACAAUCAAUAGAUCCCGAGUUCUUUUUCAGAGUAAGACUCAAUGCUGAAGGAAAAAUUGAGUGCCUAUUUUGGAAGGAUUCUAUGAUGAGAGAAGAUUACAAAAUAUAUGGAGAUGUUCUAGUUUUUGAUACUACAUUUAGAACCAAUAAGUACAAUCUCAUAUGUGCUCCAUUUGUUGGUAUAAAUAACCAUUGGAAAAACACAAUGUUUGCUUGUGCUUUCAAUGGGGAUGAAACCACAUAA